AUGGGUAUCAAUCUCGUCUUGGCUACUGAAACCACAGAAGCAUCAAAUCGUCUUGUGGGCACCUUUCGGGCUGUGCCCAUAUUGGAAUUAGCCUCAGUUUGCAUUAACUUGACGCUGAUACUUGUGUUUCUCUCCGUUGUAUCUGCGAGGCAGGUUGUGUUGUGUUUUGGUCGGAUUCGUCUUCGGAAGAACGACUUGGCCGGGAGCUCUGUAGCCAUUAGGCACAGAGGAGUUGCUGAUGGUGAGGAAAUUCAGAGCCUCAUAAUUAGUAGAACUUACAAAGCAUCAUUAUUUUGUUGCAUUUAUGUUUUGUUCGUACAACUUUUGGUAUUGGGCUUUGAUGGUGUUGGUCUAAUACGGAAGGCUGCCCGUUGGGAGGUAGGAAAGUCCGAUUGGACUGUCUUACUAUUGCCUUCAGCUCUGAGUUUAGCUUGGUCUGUGCUGAGCUUUUCCGUUCUUUAUUAUAAGUACAAGGCUGCGGAGAAAUUUCCAUUGCUGUUGAGAAUUUGGUGGGUUUCCUCCUCGGUGCUUUGUUUGUUUACUUUAUAUGCUGAUUGUAGAGGAUUUCUGGAUGAAGGAUCACACCACUUGACUUCUCAUGUUUUGGCAAAUUUUUUUGUUACACCGGCUAUUGCUUUUCUAUGUUUUGUUGCUAGUAGGGGUUAUACUGGCAUCCAAGUGUGUAGGAACUCUGAUCUUCAGGAGCCAUUGCUGCUUGAAGAGGAAGCAGGUCUUUCAACUGGGGCAAAGAGGCCACUUGAGCUGAAUGAUAUUCCGCUGCUCGCACCAAAAGAUCGAUCCAAGACUACCUAUAAGGUAUUGAACUCAAAUUGGGAGAAGUUGAAGGCUGAGAAUCCUCUGAAGCAGCCUUCUCUAGCUUGGGCUAUUCUUAAGUCUUUCUGGAAAGAAGCUGCCCUUAAUGCAAUAUUUGCUGGAUUGAACACUUUAGUUUCAUAUGUAGGACCAUAUCUGAUUAGCUACUUUGUGGAUUAUCUUGGUGGGAAGGCGACUUUCCCACAUGAAGGCUAUAUUCUUGCUGGAAUUUUCUUUAGUGCAAAGUUGGUAGAGACCUUAACAACUCGGCAGUGGUAUCUUGGUGUUGACAUCUUAGGCAUGCAUGUGAGAUCAGCUCUCACAGCAAUGGUAUACCGGAAAGGACUAAAGCUUUCAAGCUCAGCUAGGCAAAGUCACACCAGUGGCGAGGUUGUUAACUACAUGGCUGUUGAUGUUCAGAGAGUAGGGGACUAUUCUUGGUAUCUACAUGACAUAUGGAUGCUUCCUCUGCAAAUUAUUCUUGCUCUUGCAAUCCUAUACAAAAAUGUCGGAAUUGCGUCCGUUGCCACACUCAUUGCUACCAUUGUAUCCAUUGUUGCAACUGUUCCAGUGGCUAGAAUUCAGGAAGAUUACCAAGACAAGUUGAUGGCAGCAAAAGAUGAUAGGAUGAGGAAGACUUCAGAAUGCCUCAGAAAUAUGAGGAUUCUCAAAUUGCAGGCUUGGGAGGACAGAUACAGAGUGAAGCUGGAAGAAAUGCGUGGCGUUGAAUUCAAAUAUCUCCGAAAAGCUCUCUAUUCCCAGGCUUUCAUCACAUUUAUAUUCUGGAGCUCCCCUAUAUUUGUUUCAGCUGUUACUUUUGGAACUUGCAUUCUGUUAGGUGGUCAGCUGACGGCAGGCAGUGUUCUUUCUGCUCUGGCUACUUUCCGUAUCCUGCAAGAACCACUAAGAAAUUUUCCUGACUUGGUUUCUAUGAUGGCUCAGACUAAGGUCUCCCUUGAUCGAAUUGCCAGGAAGAUGCAACCAUCACUGCCACGCGGCAUUUCAAAUGUAGCCAUAGAAAUAAAAAAUGGAGAUUUCAGCUGGGAUCAAUCUUCUCCAAUCUCGACGCUCUCAAGUAUACAAAUCAAGGUAGAGAAGGGAAUGCGUGUGGCUGUCUGCGGUGUGGUUGGUGCUGGGAAAUCAAGCUUCCUUUCCUGCAUCCUUGGUGAGAUUCCAAAAAUAUCUGGUGAAGUUAGAAUAUGUGGUUCUGCCGCGUAUGUCCCUCAGUCGGCUUGGAUUCAAUCAGGGAAUAUAGAGGAAAAUAUCCUCUUUGGAAGUCCAAUGGACAAGGUGAAAUACAAGAGCGUGAUUCAUGCCUGUGCACUGAAGAAAGACUUGGAGCUAUUCUCAUAUGGUGACCAAACUAUUAUUGGUGACAGAGGCAUCAACCUCAGUGGUGGUCAGAAGCAACGAGUGCAGCUUGCAAGGGCACUAUAUCAGGAUGCUGAUAUUUAUUUACUUGAUGAUCCCUUCAGUGCUGUCGAUGCACACACUGGCUCGGAGUUAUUUAAGGAGUACAUACUGACAGCGCUAGCUACAAAGACUGUGGUUUUUGUCACUCAUCAAGUCGAAUUUUUGCCUGCUGCUGAUUUGAUUCUGGUUCUGAAGGAAGGUCGUAUUAUUCAAGCUGGAAAAUAUGAUGAUCUUUUGCAAGCAGGAACAGAUUUUAGCACGUUGGUCUCUGCUCAUCAUGAAGCGAUUGAAGCUAUGGAUUUUUGCAAUCAAGCUUCUGAAGAAUCAGAUAAAAAUGAUCCUCUUGAAGGGCCGAGUAAUAAUAUUGCUUGCAUGGCAAAGGAAGUCCAAGAAGGUAUUUCAUCUUCAGAUCAGAAAGCUAUCAAAGAGAAAAAGAAAGCUAAGCGUUCUAGGAGAAAGCAGCUUGUGCAGGAAGAGGAACGGGAGCGAGGAAGAGUCAGCAUGAAAGUGUAUUUGUCAUACAUGACAGCUGCUUACAAGGGAUUGUUGAUUCCAUUGAUUAUUCUUGCCCAAACAUUGUUUCAGGUCCUUCAAAUAGCCAGUAGUUGGUGGAUGGCUUGGGCAAAUCCGCAAACCAAGGGAGACAAACCUAGAACCAGUAGCAUGGUGCUCAUCGGUGUUUAUAUGGCACUUGCUUUUGGUAGCUCCUGUUUCAUAUUUGUCAGGGCUGUUCUUGUUGCUACCUUUGGUCUUGCAGCUGCACAGAAAUUAUUUCUGAAAAUGCUCAGAACAGUGUUUCGGUCACCAAUGUCCUUCUUUGACUCUACUCCAGCUGGACGCAUACUGAAUCGUGUUUCAAUUGAUCAAAGUGUUAUUGAUCUUGAUAUUCCCUUCAGACUUGGUGGCUUUGCUUCAACCACGAUUCAACUUAUUGGCAUUGUUGCUGUGAUGACACAAGUUACCUGGCAAAUUUUGCUACUUGUUAUCCCAAUGGCAAUUGCUUGCUUGUGGAUGCAGAAAUACUAUAUGGCUUCAUCCAGAGAACUUGUUCGCAUUGUUAGCAUCCAGAAAUCACCAGUCAUCCAUAAUUUUGCUGAAUCAAUUGCUGGAGCAGCUACAAUCAGAGGGUUUGGGCAAGAAAAGAGAUUCAUGAAGAAGAAUCUUUAUCUUCUUGAUUGCUUUGCUCGUCCAUUCUUUUGCAGCCUUGCAGCUAUCGAGUGGCUUUGUCUGCGCAUGGAAUUGCUUUCUACAUUUGUGUUUGCUUUUUGCAUGGUCUUACUUGUGAGCUUUCCUCAUGGGACUAUAGAUCCAAGUAUGGCAGGCCUUGCUGUGACAUACGGCCUUAAUAUGAAUGCACGUCUAUCACGCUGGAUACUUAGCUUUUGCAAGCUUGAAAACAAGAUCAUCUCUAUAGAAAGGAUUCAUCAAUACUGUCAAAUACCUAGUGAAGCACCAACACUGAUUGAAGAUUCACGACCCCCAUCCUCGUGGCCUGAAAAUGGCACAAUUGAACUAAUUGAUCUAAAGGUUCGUUACAAGGAGAGUCUUCCUGUUGUACUUCAUGGUGUCUCCUGCAUAUUUCCUGGUGGGAAGAAGAUUGGAAUUGUUGGGCGUACUGGAAGUGGUAAAUCUACCUUGAUUCAAGCUCUAUUUCGUUUGAUUGAGCCAGCAGGUGGCAGAAUAAUUAUAGACAGUAUUGAUAUUUCAACAAUCGGUCUUCACGACCUCCGCAACCGCCUGAGUAUCAUACCCCAGGAUCCAACUUUAUUUGAAGGAACUAUUCGAGGCAACCUAGACCCACUUGAAGAGCAUUCAGAUCAAGAAAUUUGGGAGGCACUUGAUAAGUCUCAGCUAGGGGAUGUAGUACGCCAGAAAGAGCUUAAGCUUGAUACACCAGUUCUAGAAAAUGGAGAUAAUUGGAGUGUGGGACAGAGGCAGCUAGUAUCUCUUGGUCGCGCUUUACUCAAACAGGCAAGAAUUUUGGUGCUCGAUGAAGCCACAGCCUCAGUUGACUCAGCCACGGAUAACCUCAUCCAGAAGAUAAUAAGAACAGAGUUCAAGAAUUGCACUGUUUGUACAAUAGCUCACCGCAUUCCCACUGUUAUUGAUAGCGACCUGGUUUUAGUCCUUAGUGAUGGUCGGGUGGCGGAGUUUGAUACCCCGGCACGAUUAUUGGAGGACAAGUCUUCCAUGUUUCUCAAAUUGGUUUCAGAAUACUCAUCACGGUCAAAUGGCGUCCCGGAUCUUUGAUCUAGAUGAUAACGUCUCAAACCCUGGUGGGGAAGCAAGACAAGCCAAUGGGUAAUCUCGAAAACAUUUCCCCUGAUGCAUCUGUGAGCCGGCUCCAGCUGCCAACGGUGCAUUAAGCAGACUGAAAGACACUGUGGCAGGCGAGGUGGGCAUCUGAAAAACGCUACCGAGUGGAACGUAGUUUGGGCUCCGCUGUAACGUUAUUCUUUCCCUCUUUGCACAUACUGGGGACUUGUUGCACGCAAGAGGGACAAUCUGUACCUUAGGAAUAAGUUUGGUAGAAUGAGGUGGGCGAGGACUGGCCUUGGAAGAGGCAGAAUUUUGUAACUUUUCAUGUGCAAUAAACUAGGCUUUUGCAAUGAGGUGAAGCAACUCUGGUAAUGUGACUAACCCCUUUUAGAGGCAUAAGGAAACUGCAAUCUUUUAUUCA